AAAUAAACAAAUAGAACGGAGGAAGCCAUUAGCCGUGGCAUCCUUAUCGUUAUCUGUUAGUGCUCGUGAUCAGCAGACUCUCACUUUCUUUCUUACCGAUUCGCCACCCAACUACACACCACAAUCUCAUUCAAAUCUUCAUUACAGCCAGAUAAAUUGAUUACUUGGUGUUAAAAGUUGGUGAUUUUGGGAGCUGAAGCAUCUGAUCUGAAAAUGAGAGGAUCAGGAGUGAUCGUAGACGAAAGCUUCGGCUUUGAACAAGAGACUCACCUCACAGUCCACAAGACCUCUAUCUUCUUCUCCGGCGACGGUUUUAUCGUCUAUGAUCCUAAAGGAGAGGUGAUCUUCCGAGUCGAGUCGUACGGUCCCGAUUCUCAGUCCAAUGACGAGCUCUUUCUCAUGAACUCCUCCGGCAAGUGCCUCCUCACUCUCCACCGCAAGAAGCCUAGUCUUCAUCAACGGUGGGAAGGAUUUGUGGGGGAGAAAAUGGACGGACAAGAACCAAGCUUCAGUGUGCAUAGAUCAUCAAUAAUCGGACGGUCAGGCAGAGUGGUGGAGGUUUAUGGCAAUCCAGCCGAGGAGUAUCAAAUUGAAGGUUCUUUCCCUCAGCGAUCAUGUACUGUCUCCCACAUUUCAUCAGAUGGUUCAUCAAAGGAACUUGUGGCACAGAUCAAACGGAAGGUGGACCCCACUACAAAUGUGAUGCUGGGGAAGGAUGUUUUCUUGAUCUGUCUCAAGCCUGGCGUUGAUAGUGCUUUCAUAAUGGGCUUAGUGCUUGUUCUUGAUCAGAUGGAUGGGGAUGAUUUUGAUGAUCUUCAUGAGGUGGGUCCUACUGUGGAGGUUUUGUCUUCUUGAUUGGCUUGUUCUUCAAAGUUCAAAGUUAGGAUCAAAAUCGAAAAAUCCUGGUAUAUGUAUAAUUGAUAUAUAAAUAAAUUGUGUUAUAUAUUUUUGUGCGUGCAAGAUCCUGCACAAUAUAAAAAACGAGAACAGAUCUCUCCCUUGAUGA